AUGGGUGAGAACUCCAUUGUUGGUGCUGUUGCUGCUGCCUCUACAAAUUUGUGUGUUUUUUAUUCUAUUCCAGGUAUUAUUCACCAAACGACAACCCCAUUUACUCCUCAGCAGAAUGGUGUGUCUGAACGCAAGAAUCGUCAGUUACUUGAAGUUGCCCGCUCCCUUAUGUUGGAUAUGUCUGUUCCCCAUCAUCUUUGGGGGCAUGCUGUUUUAUCUGCUGCAUAUUUGAUUAAUCGUACUCCUAACCGGAUUCCUGAUUUCAAGACUCCACAUGAUGUGUUUGGUGACCAUGUUUCCCCUGUCUCAAUCUCCAAGUUGCCCCUUAAAGUUUUUGGGUGUGUUGCCUAUGUUCAUGUGCAUGUUACUUUGGACGUGACUUUCCAUGAAGAAUUGCCAUAUCAUGUCUCUCCUUCCUCUCCAAUUCAGGGGGAGAAGGGGAGUGAAUUGGAGAGUCUUGGAUUAGAGAAUGAUGUGAUUGAAGAUACUGCUCUCAGGAAGGAAACGACCUGUCGCACUGAAGCAAGUGACCGGUUGCCCAUAUCUGGAAAUGAAGUAGGUGCUUUCGGUGUCGAAACAACUGGUCACACUGAAGCAAGUGACCGGUUGCCCAUAUAUGAAAAUAAUGACAGUGAUUCUUGUAUGGAUGAGUUCGAUGCAAUAUUCCCCCUCUGCCCUGCUAGUGCCCCAAUCUACUCGUGA